ACACACACGAGGUUAAAGAGCAAAGUGAACCACAGUGACCGUCUGAAACACUGCCAGUGUGUUUGACUGCAUGUAAGUCAUACAUAAAGAUACAUAUAAAGAAACAGCUUUCAUCUGCAGGACAUUUAAUAUGGAGAACCCACAGGAGAAGAUCAUGAGAAUCUCACAGGAGCUUCGCUGUAACCCGACGUCACUCCGUGUGGCUGAAUAUCUGGACCAACACGAUGAGAUCAAACACCUGCGAGAGGACUUUCUCAUUCCCAAAAUAUCUGACCUGCCUCCAUCGGAUUUGUCACUCGUGGAUGGCUCUGAAGAUUGUGUUUAUUUUGUGGGAAACUCGCUCGGCCUUCAGCCGAAAAAUGCUAAGAAAUACAUUGAUGAGGAAUUAGACAAAUGGGCCAAAAUGGGCUCUCAUGGUCACUUGGAGGGCUCGCGUCCUUGGGUCUGGGCUGAAGAAAACCUAGAGGAUUUGAUGGCAAAGAUUGUGGGUGCUAAACCAGAAGAAGUGGCUUUGAUGAAUGGAUUGACUGUGAAUUUACAUCUUCUGAUGCUUUCCUUCUAUAAACCCACUCCAAAACGGCACAAAAUCAUUCUGGAGGAGCGGGCCUUUCCAUCGGACCAUUAUGCGGUGGAAUCUCAGAUCCGUCUGCGAGGAUUCAAUCCUGAUGACAGCAUGCUGCUCAUUAAACCCAGAGAGGGUGAAGAGAUGAUAAGAACAGAGGAUAUAGUGUCUGUCAUCGAGCGGGAGGGAGACAGCGUGGCUGUUGUCAUGCUCGGUGCCGUUCAGUAUUACACCGGUCAGUUCUUUAACAUGGAAGCCAUCACGAAAGCCGGGCACGCUAAGGGAUGUUUUGUAGGAUUUGAUUGUGCUCACGCUGUUGGAAACGUAGAGCUACGACUUCACGACUGGAGCGUGGAUUUUGCGUGCUGGUGCACUUACAAGUAUGUGAACUCUGGGGCAGGCGGUCUAGCAGGUGCUUUUAUACACCAGACUCAUUCACAUACAGUCAGACCAGCAUUGGUGGGCUGGUGGGGACAUGACCUGAAAACCAGAUUUCAAAUGAGCAACGAACUGGAGCUUCGGUCUGGUGUUAAUGGUUUUCGUCUGUCGAAUCAGCCGAUCUUACUGGUGUGUCCACUACAGGCCAGUUUAGAGAUUUUUAACAAGACUAGUAUGAAGGAGUUGAGGAAGAAGUCUGUGCUUCUGACGGGUUAUCUGGAGUAUCUCAUCAAACAUUACCACAGCAAAGACGAGUCAAACCCGGACAAACCCUUCAUUAAGAUCAUCAGUCCAUCAGAGCCGGAGGAGAGAGGCUGUCAGCUGUCUCUCAGCUUCUCUCUUCCCAUCAGAGAUGUGUUUAAAGAGCUGGAGAAGAGAGGAAUCGCUUGUGAUAUGAGAGAACCGGAUGUGCUGCGUGUCGCUCCUGUGCCCCUGUACAACACCUUCACUGAUGUGCAUCGUUUCAUCACUGUUCUGGGAUCAGCACUGAGUGCCUGUAAUAAACUCCAGCAGAGUUGAGCACUGAUUCACCAUCUGACAUCUACCGUAUGAGAGGAAGCUGUCAAGUGUUUUUACUGUCUGUUUGUUAACUGAAUCGGCUUCAUGUGUACAAGAAUUGAAUUGAGAGUGUUUUGAACAGAAAUAAACCCAAGACUUUUCAAAAGCGUC